UUUUGUUAACCUGACAUAUUAACUACAGUUAGCUGACAAAGCUAGCCGGCAGAAUAUAUUCGGGUAUAGUAGCUAGAUUUGCUGCUUGAUAGCUUGUCUCAUUGUUCGUGGCCGGUUCAGUGAGCUGGAAGAAAAUGGAUUACGUGAUGCUAACGGCUCACCCUAGCUGAUGCAACUUUACUCGGUCAUUGUCAUUAUACAAUCAGCUCAUUUAAACCCGUUAGUUAGCUGGCUCAGUAAUCUCAUGCAGCUGAAUAGCUAGAUUGUUGGGCGCAUGCAUAACCUUAAAUCACUUCUGCCACGAUGAUGCUCCAGGAUGGCUCUACACAGCUUCUUUGCCUCACAGCCAGCAGCGGGGUCCCUCUUUUCACAAGAGGAGCCUCCAAACAGCUGCCCUUCUCUGUCAUAGGCUCUCUAAAUGGUGUUCACAUGUUCGGAGGUGGUCAGGGGGUAGUGUUGACCUGCUCUGAGACCCAAGGUGGAGGGAAGGUGGUGUGGAGAGUUUUCCAGGACAGUGUGAUGCUCAUCGCUGUCAGUGGAGGUGGAGAUGGCGGAGUGGGCAGCAGCAAAGAGGAGGAGGCCCGUCUACAACGCCUCCUGGAGAAUGUGUGGGGCUGCAUGGUGCUGGUGUUAGGGCUGGAUGAGCUGGUUAAUGUCCGGAAUGUUGAGAGGCUUAAAAGGGAACUCAGGUCCUGCUUCAGUCUCAUUGAUGAGCUGCUGGAGGACAAGCAGGAGGGUAUUCUGGGAAACCUUACACAUUGUGCUGAUUCACUGGUGCCCCCAAACCCCGCUCUUUUUCAGGUGGCAGUGGAUGGUUUUGCUCAGGCUGCAGACAGCGAGUUUGGUUGCCUCGUUGUUCAUGGGCGAAUCGCUACGGCAACUGAAAAGUGGUGGCGCCUCGCUCCGCAGGAAGUUGUCCUGCUUUCUGCUUUGAUACGCUCACACUCAGCCUCUGGAUCGGCUUCUUGUGAUUACCCAAUUUUCCUUCCUCAUGGCAGCCCCACCGUAGCCCACCGUCUUCUCUGCUUCCAGCUGCUGCCCGGAGCAGACGUAUGUGUGCUGUGCGGUCCAACCCCAUCCCUGCAUGGAGCUGAGACUGGGCUGGUGGGUCGUUUCUGGUCUCCUUUGGUCGAGACCCUGAGAGAGUGCCUGGCUGUUGGAGAACGCUGCCUACCAGGGUCUGUAUCCCUGCGGCCCGAUGUGCUGGCACUUCUUCUCAUCAACCGCGAAACACGCCGUGCAGUCUCCUGUGUACGGACUUCCGAUUACCAUUACGAUGGUCCAUUACUCUCCAAGGCCCGCUGCUGGGAGCUGCUGAAACUCUUUUAUAUCUUCAGCACAUCACGGUACUUCACCCAGGAAGAGCCUUUAUAUGUCUCCACAGAAGAAAAGGCUCAAAGAGGCAACACUGAAGACUUUCCUCUUGGAUUCUCCCACCAGCCCCAACAAUGUUAUCUAGUUACAGAGGAAUGCAAAAGCUAUGGACUUCAAACACCACAGCACCAGCUGUUUCUGCUCAUCUUACCAUCUGUGCCCACGUUUGCACUGCGUACACUGGCUACACAGACUCUGUCUGAUAUAGUAGCAGCCACAGGGUUUUAAUUGAAUUUGCUGUUUAACACCUUUUUUUUAAAUCACAGGUGAAUAGCUAUAACAUUAAUGUGAAUUUACAUUUUCUUUACUGAUUUACGCAAGCAUAUUAUAUGCUCACACACAAAUCUCACAUCAUAAAGAUCAGCUACUAUUUUUGUAAAGACAGUGAUUAACUGUGCACUGGUAAGCAAGCUCUUACAUUUUCUACUACGCUGCCUCUAAUGCUGGCAAAAUAUAAAAACACAUUGAAAUGUUACACCAAAGUGCUUUGAGUUUUGUUUUGCAUCACUGUCGCACAACUGCCCUGCCUCUCUAUAAGCUGGUUAUUACAUUAGAGGGCAGCACUGUAACAAUGUCUAUUAAAAUGUACUGGAGAAUAAUGUGAAGAUUUUACACUGGAUUUAAAAUUGCCUGCUGUUUUUGUUGUUUUGACAUUUUGAAUAGUCUGACCACAGAGGAGGUGAAAUUAUCUGUUUCUAAAUAUAGUUGGUUAAUUUCUCUGGGUCUUGAUGUCACUGAGUCAGUCAUUCAUGUGUUUUCUCAUGUUGAUGGGUCUGCCCACUACUGGCUGAGAGAUUCAUUGCAAAACUCAAUAGCUGUAGAACAAAAAGUACAACCUCUAAACCACUUCCUAAAUGAAACUAAAUGUUUUCAGUAUUAUUUAAGUCAGUCAAAGCUGAGUAAUCAAAGUGGUCAAAACUGAACGUUUCCACCUCAGCACUCUUUGAAUCAGCUGAUAUUUUUGUGCAGUAACUUUAGUGUAUUUAAAAAGCCUUGCACUGAGAGUAUGAACGUUUUGAGUUACAAGCCCUCGAAGUAUAUGUCUGGGGCCCAAAUGUGGCUGAGGAGACACAAGUACAGGAACUAGCUACAUGAAAUUUUGAAGUCUGAAAAGUACAUUUAAGCUGUGUUUUAAAAACUGCAACCAGAUCAAUUUUAUAUUCAGCUGUACAACAGAAAGUACAACCUCAAAACCACUUCCUAAAUGAAACAGAAUGUUUUCAGUGGUAUUCAAGUCUGUCAAAGCUAAGUCAUAAAGUUUAAAUUAAAUUACAGGCCCUCGAAGUAUAUGUCUGAGGCCCAAAUGUUGCAGAUGAGACAGAAAUGUUGAAGUCUGAAAAAUACAUGUAAUCUGUGUUUUAAAAACUGCAACCAGACCAAUUUUAUAUCCACUCAAGUCUUGUUUGUGUGCAGAAUGUAUAGUUUCGCUAGCAAGACUGCACCAGUUUUAUUGUCCAUGAUAUAAAGUCACAGAAACAAGGACUCACUGCACUUUUUAUUUGAGCUCAAAUGUGUGUUUAAGAUCAUUUCUGUCUUACAGCAUUAAGAAAUAAUUAGAGUAAAAAAUGCUGAGAAAAUUAAGCAUUUCGAAAGCCCAUAACCAUAAAAAUGUUCAUAGUAUGAGGGUAAAACUUUGCAGGGUUUCAUUAAAUAUGCUUAAGUAUUUAUGUAUUAUGACCCAGCUAGUAGCAGGUGUAGAACAUUUUUCACAUUUCUAGAAAGCUGUGAGACAACUUACAUGCAAGGGGGGAAAAAAGAGAACAUCUUUGCGUUACAAAAAAUUUAUUUUACAGGACUUGAUGGUGUAAUAACAGCUGUGAUUACUGAUGAAACACACCAUUGCUGAAUGAGCACUUCUGGUGGUGAUGAAUAAAUGACAGUGUUUUUGCAUUUCUCUACAA